AUGGAUGCCAUUGCAGAGACCGUGGCUAGCAGUGCCAGCACUCUCAAAGCUUUUUUCCCGGUCCUCGAAAGACUUCUCUGCUGGAUGAGAUUUGAAAGUGAAGCAACGAAGUUUUUGAAACGGAGACAGAAGAAGUUCUUUUCAGAAAACAUGCGCAUAGGUCUCGAGUCAAAGCCAUGGUGUUGGGCCAAAUGCGUUCAGCAAGCAAACAAAGACCACGGCAUGGAUCUUACCAACUUGAGUUAUGUUGUGGGUGUUGCCUAUGAAGCUAGCAUCCAUACCACUGCUAUUGCAUUGGGGUAUUUUAUCAUGGCAUGCGUUCUUUAUCCAACGACAGUGAAAAGGGCGCAAGAAGAACUUGAUCUGGUCACUGGAGCUCGGAUGCCUACUUUCGAUGAUGUAUCCAACCUCCCUUAUGUCAACGCGUUUGUCAACGAGGUUCUGCGGUGGCGACCACCGCUUCCUUUGGGGCUGCAUCAUGAGGUUAGUCAAGAUGAUCCAUAUCAGAACUUCUUCAUUCCGGCCGGAACUACGAUUGUGGCGAGUGAAUGGUCGAUGGCAAUGGACGAGGGUGUAUUUGGGCAACCUUCGGAAUUUAUCCCUGAGAGAUGGAUCGAAAACCCCAAGCUGAGGCAAAUUGGGUUUGGUUUCGGUAAGCGUCUCUGUCCUGGAAAACAUCUAGCGUGCAAUUCUCUGUUCAUCGUGAUUUCUCGCCUCCUAUGGGGCUACCAAUUUGCCCACGCCUACGAAAAUGGACGCAAAAUUGAGAUAGACCCAAUGAAUAUGAAAUCAGGGAUCGCAGCUGAGCCAUUUCCUUUCCAAGCAACUGUGUCCGUGCGCUCAAAGCAUCGGAAAGUCAUCGAAGAAGAAUGGGCAGCUGCUGAGAAAGAUAGUGAUGUUUUGUUGGACGCUAUCAGGUCGAUGCAGGAAUAG